AUGUUUGGACCAAUAGACAAAAUCGGCCUGAUCCAUCACAGACGGGCCCGGUCUGUCACACCUACGCACACCCAACUUGUCCGUUGUGCUCAUGUCUAUCGCAUGGUCACCUGUCCUGUUGGUCUCGUUGUUUCUCCAUCAUUCCUCCGUCCUUACACAACCCCUCCGAUGAGUCAAAGGUCAACAUCAUCACCACCACCAACCGGUUGUGCUGGGAAAAAGUGA